GCACGCCACUACAAGGCGUGCAUCUAUGCCGGGGUGAAGAUAUGUGGCACCAACGCUGAGGUCAUGCCCUCCCAGUGGGAAUUCCAGGUCGGGCCUUGUGAAGGCAUCGAGAUGGGAGAUCACCUGUGGAUGGCAAGGUUCAUCUUGCACCGCGUCUGUGAAGACUUUGGGGUCGUGGCCACAUUGGACCCCAAACCGAUGACUGGCAACUGGAACGGAGCUGGGUGCCACACCAAUUACAGCACAGAAGACAUGAGGAAGGAGGGCGGUCUCAAAUGUAUUGAAGCUGCCAUUGAGAAGCUAAGCAAGCGACACGACUACCACAUCUGUGUGUACGACCCCAGAGGGGGCAGGGACAACUCCAGGCGACUGACCGGGCACCACGAGACUUCAAGCAUCUUUGAGUUCUCUGCUGGCGUGGCCAACCGAGGGGCCAGCAUCCGUAUCCCCCGCCAAGUCGGCCAGGACGGCUGUGGCUACUUCGAGGACCGCCGGCCUGCAGCCAACUGCGACCCAUAUGCUGUCACAGAGGCCAUUGUGAGGACGACGUGUCUUAACGAGACAGGGAUGCAAACGAUAGACUAUGCAGACAAAUGAGGCCUUGAAGAGGGU